AGGAGCUUCCACAAAACAGUAUACGACAGAGAGUAGCACCCUAACACCAAGAUGGGCUGGGUGUCAUGUCGGUGGAAACAGUGUUGGCUGAAAUGGUGUUGGCUCUUAAUGUUUAUCUUACUGGUCAGAAGCACAUCAGGAAAUCAAGCAAGUAAUGACAAUUUUACAACAACUGGCUCCAGUACUGACUUAGCAACAGUAAAAUCAAGUUCUAGUUAUCUUACAACAGAAGAUCCGAGUACAGCAAAUUCCCCAGUAACACAAACAUCUAGUUUGUUUCUUACCACAAAGGAAUCUAAAAUUACUGAUAAUCUCACAACAAAUCAAAUAAGCACUAUUGAUGUUGACACUGAGGAUUAUGACACUGAGGAAUCAAGUACUAGUGAUUUCACAACAGAUGAGUCACCGAGUACAGUGUUUUUGUCAACAUAUGAAUCAAAUAUAAGUCAUGACACAGUUAAAGAAUCAGGCACCAGCACAACCCAGGAAAUAAGCAAUAAUGAUUUUUCUGAAGGGCAAACAAAUAUCAGUAAUAUUACAACAUUCAGCGAAAUGAGCACAAGUGAAAUUAGUGAAACAGAACAAUCAAUCACAAGUGAUUUCACAUUUGAAGAAUCAAGUAUGACUUAUCCCAAAUCAAAUUCUAAUAAUUCUUCUAUAGAAGACAGCAAUAGUCUCACAACACAUGAGUCAAGUAUCACUUAUUCAUCCACAAUGCAUGAAUCAAACCCUGUUUUUUUAACCACAGUAAACCCAAGUGCAAGCAAUUCCUUAACAACAAAUGAAACAAAUAGCAAUGGUUUUACCACAAAGUCACAGCAUGGCAGUGACCAUUCUCUGACUUCAUAUGAAUCAACAAACACUGACAUCACCACAGUAUCAAUUACCAACACUCUUUCAACAAAUUAUGAACUAAACACAAAUGAUGCAAAUAGCAACAGAUUUACCACAAACUCAUUCUAUGGUAGUGACGGUUCUCUCACACCAUAUAAAUUACAAACCAGUAAUUUCAACACAAAUAACAUGGACAAUAAAGACAUCACCAAUGAAAUAUCAAAUACCAACACUUUCACAAGUUAUGAACUAAACACAAAUAAGUUUAUGACAAAAGAGACAAAGAACACUGAACUCACUACUGAAGAAACAUUAAAGAGAAAUGUCACCACAACAUCAGAAAUGGGAGGCAGUUAUUUUACCACAGAUGAUGAUGACGACACUAGUGAUUUUCCCACAGAUGAAUCAAGUGGUGAAGAUUUCACAACAGAAGAGCCAGCUAACACUGUGAUUUUAACAUCACAUGAGUCAAGCAGUACUCAAAACACCACUAAAGAAUCAGUGACUGGUAUUUCAGACACAACUCUGAAAUCAAGUCAUAAUGUCGUUACCACAGGACUAUCAAAAAUAAGUGAUAUUACCACAAUGAGUAAAUUCAACACAAGUGACAGUACGACAGAACAAUCAAUUACAAGCGAUUUCAGAUUUGAAGAAUCAAGCCUGGCCUAUUCUGUCACAAAUGAAGAAUCAAAUUUAAAUCAUAAUACUGUAGAGGGCAAUGGUGGCAUCUCAACGGAAGAAUCCACUAUCACUAAUCCAUCCACAAUGCAAGAAUCAAACUCUGCUUUUAUAACCACAGUAAGUCCAAGUGCCAGUGUAUUCCAAUCAACAAGUGAAGCAAACAGCAACAUUUUAACCACAAAGCUAUCGUCGGAGAAUGACCAGUAUCUCACACAAUAUGAAUCCACAAACAGUGAUCUCAACACCAAUAAUAUGGAAAAUAGGGACAUAACCAGCGACAUAUCAAUCACCCAAACUCUUACAACUUCUGAGGUAACUACAAAUAAGUUUAUGACAAAAGAGACAAAGAACACUGAACUCACUACUGAAGAAACAUUAAAGAGAAAUGUCACCACAACAUCAGAAAUGGGAGGCAGUGAUUUUACCACAGAUGAUGAUGACGACACUAGUGAUUUUCCCACAGAUGAAUCAAUUGGUGAAGAUUUCACAACAGAAGAACCAGCUAACACUGUGAUUUUAACAUCACAUGAGUCAAGCAGGACUCCAAACACCACUAAAGAAUCAGUGACUGGUAUUUCAGACACAACUCUGAAAUCAAGUCAUAAUGUCGUUACCACAGGACUAUCAAAAAUAAGUAAUAUUACCACAAUGAGUAAAUUCAACACAAGUGACAGUACGACAGAACAAUCAAUUACAAGCGAUUUCAGAUUUGAAGAAUCAAGUGUGGCCUAUUCUGUCACAAACGAAGAAUCAAAUUUAAAUCAUAAUACUGUAGAGGGCAAUGGUGGCAUCUCAACGGAAGAAUCAACUAUCAUUAAUCCAUUUACAAUGCAAGAAUCAAACUCUGCUUUUAUAACCACAGUAAGUCCAAGUGCCAGUGUAUUCCAAUCAACAAGUGAAGCAAACAGCAACAUUUUAACCACAAAGCUAUCGUCGGAGAAUGACCAGUAUCUCACACAAUAUGAAUCCACAAAAAGUGAUGUCAACACCAAUAAUAUGGAAAAUAGGGACAUAACCAGCGACAUAUCAAUCACCCAAACUCUUACAAGUUCUGAGGUAACUACAAAUAAGUUUAUGACAAAAGAAACAAAGAACACUGAACUCACUACUGAAGAAACAUUAAAGAGAAAUGUCACCACAACAUCAGAAAUGGGAGGCAGUGAUUUUACCACAGAUGAUGAUGACGACACUAGUGAUUUUCCCACAGAUGAAUCAAGUGGUGAAGAUUUCACAACAGAAGAGCCAGCUAACACUGUGAUUUUAACAUCACAUGAGUCAAGCAGUACUCAAAACACCACUAAAGAAUCAGUGACUGGUAUUUCACACACAACUCUGAAGUCAAGUCAUAAUGUCGUUACCACAGGACUAUCAAAAAUAAGUGAUAUUACCACAAUGAGUAAAUUCAACACAAGAGACAGUACGACAGAACAAUCAACUACAAGCGAUUUCAGAUUUGAAGAAUCAAGCCUGGCCUAUUCUGUCACAAAUGAAGAAUCAAAUUUAAAUCAUAAUACUGUAGAGGGCAAUGGUGGCCUCUCAACGGGAGAAUCAACUAUCACUAAUCCAUCCACAAUGCAAGAAUCAAACUCUGCUUUUAUAACCACAGUAAGUCCAAGUGCCAGUGUAUUCCAAUCAACAAAUGAAGCAAACAGCAACAUUUUAACCACAAAGCUAUCGUCGGAGAAUGACCAGUAUCUCACACAAUAUGAAUCCACAAAAAGUGAUUUCAACACCAAUAAUAUGGAAAAUAGGGACAUAACCAGCGACGUAUCAAUCACCCAAACUCUUACAAGUUCUGAGGUAACUACAAAUAAGUUUAUGACAAAAGAGACAAAGAACACUGAACUCACUACUGAAGAAACAUUAAAGAGAAAUGUCACCACAACAUCAGAAAUGGGAGGCAGUGAUUUUACCACAGAUGAUGAUGACGACACUAGUGAUUUUCCCACAGAUGAAUCAAGUGGUGAAGAUUUCACAACAGAAGAGCCAGCUAACACUGUGAUUUUAACAUCACAUGAGUCAAGCAGUACUCAAAACACCACUAAAGAAUCAGUGACUGGUAUUUCACACACAACUCUGAAAUCAAGUCAUAAUGUCGUUACCACAGGACUAUCAAAAAUAAGUGAUAUUACCACAAUGAGUAAAUUCAACACAAGUGACAGUACGACAGAACAAUCAACUACAAGCGAUUUCAGAUUUGAAGAAUCAAGUGUGGCCUAUUCUGUCACAAAUGAAGAAUCAAAUUUAAAUCAUAAUACUGUAGAGGGCAAUGGUGGCCUCUCAACGGAAGAAUCAACUAUCACUAAUCCAUCCACAAUGCAAGAAUCAAACUCUGCUUUUAUAACCACAGUAAGUCCAAGUGUCAGUGUAUUCCAAUCAACAAAUGAAGCAAACAGCAACAUUUUAACCACAAAGCUAUCGUCGGAGAAUGACCAGUAUCUCACACAAUAUGAAUCCACAAAAAGUGAUUUCAACACCAAUAAUAUGGAAAAUAGGGACAUAACCAGCGACGUAUCAAUCACCAAAACUCUUACAACUUCUGAGGUAACUACAAAUAAGUUUAUGACAAAAGAGACAAAGAACACUGAACUCACUACUGAAGAAACAUUAAAGAGAAAUGUCACCACAACAUCAGAAAUGGGAGGCAGUGAUUUUACCACAGAUGAUGAUGACGACACUAGUGAUUUUCCCACAGAUGAAUCAAGUGGUAAAGAUUUCACAACAGAAGAGCCAGCUAACACUAUGAUUUUAACAUCACAUGAGUCAAGCAGUACUCAAAACACCACUAAAGAAUCAGUGACUGGUAUUUCACACACAACUCUGAAAUCAAGUCAUAAUGUCGUUACCACAGGACUAUCAAAAAUAAGUGAUAUUACCACAAUGAGUAAAUUAAACACAAGUGACAGUACGACAGAACAAUCAACUACAAGCGAUUUCAGAUUUGAAGAAUCAAGUGUGGCCUAUUCUGUCACAAAUGAAGAAUCAAAUUUAAAUCAUAAUACUGUAGAGGGCAAUGGUGGCCUCUCAACGGAAGAAUCAACAAUCACUAAUCCAUCCACAAUGCAAGAAUCAAACUCUGCUUUUAUAACCACAGUAAGUCCAAGUGUCAGUGUAUUCCAAUCAACAAGUGAAGCAAACAGCAACAUUUUAACCACAAAGCUAUCGUCGGAGAAUGACCAGUAUCUCACACAAUAUGAAUCCACAAAAAGUGAUUUCAACACCAAUAAUAUGGAAAAUAGGGACAUAACCAGCGACAUAUCAAUCACCAAAACUCUUACAACUUCUGAGGUAACUACAAAUAAGUUUAUGACAAAAGAGACAAAGAACACUGAACUCACUACUGAAGAAACAUUAAAGAGAAAUGUCACCACAACAUCAGAAAUGGGAGGCAGUGAUUUUACCACAGAUGAUGAUGACGACACUAGUGAUUUUCCCACAGAUGAAUCAAGUGGUAAAGAUUUCACAACAGAAGAGCCAGCUAACACUGUGAUUUUAACAUCACAUGAGUCAAGCAGUACUCAAAACACCACUAAAGAAUCAGUGACUGGUAUUUCACACACAACUCUGAAAUCAAGUCAUAAUGUCGUUACCACAGGACUAUCAAAAAUAAGUGAUAUUACCACAAUGAGUAAAUUAAACACAAGUGACAGUACGACAGAACAAUCAACUACAAGCGAUUUCAGAUUUGAAGAAUCAAGUGUGGCCUAUUCUGUCACAAAUGAAGAAUCAAAUUUAAAUCAUAAUACUGUAGAGGGCAAUGGUGGCCUCUCAACGGAAGAAUCAACUAUCACUAAUCCAUCCACAAUGCAAGAAUCAAACUCUGCUUUUAUAACCACAGUAAGUCCAAGUGCCAGUGUAUUCCAAUCAACAAGUGAAGCAAACAGCAACAUUUUAACCACAAAGCUAUCGUCGGAGAAUGACCAGUAUCUCACACAAUAUGAAUCCACAAAAAGUGAUUUCAACACCAAUAAUAUGGAAAAUAGGGACAUAACCAGCGACAUAUCAAUCACCCAAACUCUUACAAGUUCUGAGGUAACUACAAAUAAGUUUAUGACAAAAGAGACAAAGAACACUGAACUCACUACUGAAGAAACAUUAAAGAGAAAUGUCACCACAACAUCAGAAAUGGGAGGCAGUGAUUUUACCACAGAUGAUGAUGACGACACUAGUGAUUUUCCCACAGAUGAAUCAAGUGGUGAAGAUUUCACAACAGAAGAGCCAGCUAACACUGUGAUUUUAACAUCACAUGAGUCAAGCAGUACUCAAAACACCACUAAAGAAUCAGUGACUGGUAUUUCACACACAACUCUGAAAUCAAGUCAUAAUGUCGUUACCACAGGACUAUCAAAAAUAAGUGAUAUUACCACAAUGAGUAAAUUAAACACAAGUGACAGUACGACAGAACAAUCAACUACAAGCGAUUUCAGAUUUGAAGAAUCAAGUGUGGCCUAUUCUGUCACAAAUGAAGAAUCAAAUUUAAAUCAUAAUACUGUAGAGGGCAAUGGUGGCCUCUCAACGGAGAAUCAACUAUCAUUAAUCCAUCCACAAUGCAAGAAUCAAACUCUGCUUUUAUAACCACAGUAAGUCCAAGUGCCAGUGUAUUCCAAUCAACAAAUGAAGCGAACAGCAACAUUUUAACCACAAAGCUAUCGUCGGAGAAUGACCAGUAUCUCACACAAUUUGAAUCCACAAACAGUGAUUUCAACACCAAUAAUAUGGAAAAUAGGGACAUAACCAGCGACGUAUCAAUCACCAAAACUCUUACAAGUUCUGAGGUAACUACAAAUAAGUUUAUGACAAAAGAAACAAAGAACACUGAACUCACUACUGAAGAAACAUUAAAGAGAAAUGUCACCACAACAUCAGAAAUGGGAGGCAGUGAUUUUACCACAGAUGAUGAUGACGACACUAGUGAUUUUCCCACAGAUGAAUCAAGUGGUGAAGAUUUCACAACAGAAGAGCCAGCUAACACUGUGAUUUUAACAUCACAUGAGUCAAGCAGUACUCAAAACACCACUAAAGAAUCAGUGACUGGUAUUUCACACACAACUCUGAAAUCAAGUCAUAAUGUCGUUACCACAGGACAAUCAAAAAUAAGUGAUAUUACCACAAUGAGUAAUUUCAACACAAGUGACAGUACGACAGAACAAUCAAUUACAAGCGAUUUCAGAUUUGAAGAAUCAAGUGUGGCCUAUUCUGUCACAAAUGAAGAAUCAAAUUUAAAUCAUAAUACUGUAGAGGGCAAUGGUGGCCUCUCAACGGGAGAAUCAACUAUCAUUAAUCCAUCCACAAUGCAAGAACCAAACUCUGCUUUUAUAACCACAGUAAGUCCAAGUGCCAGUGUAUUCCAAUCAACAAAUGAAGCAAACAGCAACAUUUUAACCACAAAGCUAUCGUCGGAGAAUGACCAGUAUCUCACACAAUAUGAAUCCACAAAAAGUGAUUUCAACACCAAUAAUAUGGAAAAUAGGGACAUAACCAGCGACGUAUCAAUCACCAAAACUCUUACAAGUUCUGAGGUAACUACAAAUAAGUUCAUGACAAAAGAAACAAAGAACACUGAACUCACUACUGAAGAAACAUUAAAGAGAAAUGUCACCACAACAUCAGAAAUGGGAGGCAGUGAUUUUACCACAGAUGAUGAUGACGACACUAGUGAUUUUCCCACAGAUGAAUCAAGUGGUGAAGAUUUCACAACAGAAGAGCCAGCUAACACUGUGAUUUUAACAUCACAUGAGUCAAGCAGUACUCAAAACACCACUAAAGAAUCAGUGACUGGUAUUUCACACACAACUCUGAAAUCAAGUCAUAAUGUCGUUACCACAGGACAAUCAAAAAUAAGUGAUAUUACCACAAUGAGUAAUUUCAACACAAGUGACAGUACGACAGAACAAUCAAUUACAAGCGAUUUCAGAUUUGAAGAAUCAAGU